UAUGAGCCUUGCCCCCAAGCAGCCAGCACACACCUUUUCAUUCACUUUUUCUUUUUCAACUUCAUAGCAAGAUCUGUGUUUAUUUGCCUUCUGGAAAAAUAGAACCUUUUCUAUUCUAUACUUUUCUAGCAAUUUCCUGUUGUGAAACUGAGGAUGAUAAACAUGUGCUUGUUGGUAACUCACAAAUAUAAAACUAAAGAAAAAAAAAUGAAAGGAUUAGACAUAAUCAGUGGAUUUUACACAUUUCCAUUGUUAUGAUAACACUGGAAAAGGAAUUUUUGUAAGUUGAAUGUGUUUGGUUGAAGCAAAGGUAGAUGAACAGAUAUCUUUGUCUAAUUUGGAAAAUAUGUCCUUUAUGUUAUUACAUAUCCCAAGAUCAUUUUUAAGUUCAUUACUAUGGAUAGUUUGGAAUUGAUUAUAAAUUAUUUAUGUAAACAAAUGCAAGGAGACAAGCAUAAAGAGAUUUUUCUACUUAGUGAAACUCAUUGUGGGUUUAGGUAGCCUUUAAAACAGGUUCUAUUCAAGAUGGCUUCUUCAAUGUGAAGAAGAGGCCCCUAAAAGAAAGAAGAGAACUCUGCUAUUUGCAAUGAGAAUAUAACAAUAUUCUUUUGGUUUGGUUAGAUUCAAAAUCCUGUUUUCUACUAAGAAACCUAUACAUAAGCUAUUGAAUUUUUUUAUGGUAUAGUGAAUUUUCAGAUGUUAACUAGUAAGGUAAGGAAAGAUAGCUGUGCUUGGUUUUUAAGUUAGAGGAAAAUAACAUAAAAUAAAUUAUAAUAUGAAUGAUUCUGAGUUACCAGAGAAAUACUUUACUUAGUGUUAUAAAGUACUAUGUGUUGCUGCUAUCUCUAGGAAGCUGUUUUUUGGCAAUAUGUGGAAGCUAAAUACCUGACCAGAAGUGCUUUCUUCCUUGUAAUAUAAUGUAUUAUAUAUUAGAUCUAAAUUCAGUAAUGAAUGCGUUUUGAAUUUGGAAAAGUAUUGUAAUAAAGUUGCCUUUAACUUAGCUUUAUACUUGUUCUGUUUCCUUGAGGCUAUUAACUGUAUCGUCCAGGAUUUGUUACAGUAGCAGGUAAAAUAAUUAUCAUGGCAUUUCACUUGGACAAGAUUUUUAGUUUGAUGGCUUCACUGAAGUGUAUGUAUAAAACAUGACAAAGGCCUUUGUUUGUUUUGUUCUUCUCCUGAACUGUUAACAUUAUUUAAGGUAACAACCUUAAAUGUGUGCUUAGAAUAUAAGAUCCAGCUAGACUGUGGUGCAGCAUGAAAGUGUUCUUCAUGUGAAAAUGAUUACUGAAGUUUCUUACCUGUGUUCAAGGAUUUAUUUUUAUUUUUCUAGGCAUUCUAUACUUUAAUGCUACCAUAGACUGGAACUGUCUGAUAACUUGGAGAAACUAAUAUUCAUUUCAGUUGUGAAUUCACUGCUAUUUAAAAAUUGACCUGCCAAAUGCAUUUAAAAAUAAUUCUAAAAUUUACUGUACUUCAUGAUAUAUAAAUGUCUCUUUUUGUUGUUGUUGUGCCAGACAUUCAGAUGCAAAGAGAUCUUGCCUGCUGUUGCUUUUAUGAUCCUGACACCAGUCCCAGUUAUUACUGUGUCUCUGGCCUCUGUAAGAAAAUCUCCUUUUUAGACCAGGAUUUCAAAGUCCUAAUAAUUCUUUCUUGAUCACAAAAGAUAAUAUCUGAAAGAAAAUCAAAUUAAAGUCACACAAGAAUACAUGAUGUGGGAGAGUAAGCAUAGUAUUUUCCGUCAAGAAUGAAGUUUCUAAAAUAACUGCAGAACUGAAAGAACUAGAGUCUUAGAUAAACAAAAGCAUUUUCCUUACUACAGAGAAGAGAAUGUGUACAACUUUGUAUAUUGAAAUAAGUCCAGUUGAAAAUAAGACUUUGAUACUUUUCAUAAUUAAAGUAUUUAAUGUGUUGUGGAAAGUGUGGACUUGAAAUGAUCCAUAUUUGAGGGUAAGGAUAAGGGUAACUGUUCAGCCAGGAUCAUGAAGGACAUUCAUUCCUUUUGAUCCUGCCAGAAGUUAAAUUCCUGAAUUCAGUGAAGCUUUCAAGAUAUCUUACAUUUCUAUCUAAAAGCUAGCCAAAAAUUGUAUAAACUUCAUGCAGAGAUAUUAUUUUUAGGCCUAAUGAUUUAAUUUAUGGCUUAUUUUUGUUUGUCUCUCUUAUUCAGACCUUAUUGUAGGCUUAUUAUAUGAAAUCAGGGAGUUGCCCUUAAGAAAUUUUAACUUUUCUUGGGUAAUGUUUUACCAGUCAAAAGAUAGAAUGUGUUUCACACACAGUUAAAUAUAUUUUUGUUACUUCAAAAACCAUGUUAUUGGUGUAAACAGAAACAUACUUAUUUUGUAUAUCAUUAUGCUAUUUAAUAAGGUUCAGAUAUAUAGACAGCUUAUUUAAUAAGUUAUAUUAGGAUACAGACAUGCAACCUCUUCUGUUAUUCAAAAUCAUUCAGAAAAUAAAGAAUAAAUGGCUUUAUCCAUACAAAUAAUUUUUCAAUUGCUUUGUUUUUGAUUUUUAUUCAAAAUCAUAUGAAUCGUUAAAUGUCUACUCUUUGUCUAUGUUCAUUCUUUAAGUAAUUGCUGAAUACUCAAAUGUCAGGUGCUAAUCCAUGUGCUAAGAAUGCAGCAGUGGAUAACAGACAAAUAUAUAAACAAGAUGAUCUGAGGUAGUUUCCUUACCAAAGUAAAAAAGUAAGUUAAUGUGAGAGAAAUGUGGUUUAUCAGACAGGAUUAGUUUAGAUUAUGUGGGCUUGUGAAGAGAUGAACAGAAGUCAGCUGUGUGCUGAUGAGGGCAGUGUGUGAGCAGAGGAAGCAGGUGUGGAGUGAGCAUGGCCAGGGCUUGGCUCAGCCGUAUGCCUGAGUGUGUAGGAGAGGAAGCAUGAAAUAAGCUCGAGAUCCUUAAGCAAGCAGGAAAAGAGUUUACGUUCUCAUGACUGUCUUCAGCAUUCAUGGUAGGAAAUUAUCAUAUCUAACCACUUUCAAGUAAAGUAGAAAAUGAAGCACUAGAGGGGUUUGCCAACUUUCUAAAUAAAGUGCAUACCUCUUAUGCCAGCCUUGAUUAUGAUCCAUUCAGGGUUGGAAAAUUUGAAUUGAGAAGGCCCAGAAAAUGGAGGCAUAAAUAUUACUAUGUUUUUAAUACAUGUAGGGAACACAAACAGAAACACUGUAGAGCACAUAUGAUAUCAUGCAAAAAGGAAAUUUGGAUGUCUGAAAAUUUCCUAACAUGCACUAUUUGUGAUGAAAUUUAUUCCAUUCUAGGAAUUUUUUUAACCAAGUAAAUUAACUUGAUCAUUCUUUCCUGAGUUUCUGCUUGUUUAAAAUGUGAAUUUAAAUCUGUGGUAGACACUGUGAUACCCACCCAGCCAUCUUGGAGAAGACAUGAUACCACCUCUGCUAGUAAUGUGGUGGGCAGUCAGCCUUCCUGGAACCCUCUGCUGCCCGUGUUCACGUGUUGGUUUGCUUUUGGGUGGGGCUGGGGAAGUGGAAAAUGUGGCUCUUGUAACCCAACGAGGCACCCUUGGAAUGGCUGUUCUGGCUCCAGAGCUGCCCUGGAUUUGGCUGAGGCUGCCUAAGUCCUGAAUGGCAGACAGCUUAGGGUCUGCCCAGUUCUGCUCUCUUUCAAAUCUAUUAAUCCUAGAAGCACUUCUUUUUUUAAAAUUCUUUUAAUUUUAAAUUUUAUUUUAUAUUUGAGACAGAGUUUUGCUAUGUAGUGCAGGUUGGCCUGAAGGUGCUCCUCCUGCCUCAGCCUCCCAAGUGUUGGGAUCACACGUGUGCAUUGCCACGGCUGGCCUAGAAGUACUUUUUUUUUUUUUUUUUUUUUCCUUUUUAUCGGUACCAGGGAUUGAACUCACGACUGUUUUUUUUUCCUUUUUAUCGGUACCAGGGAUUGAACUCACGACUGCCUGCUUGUAAGGCAGGCGCUUAUGCUGCUGAGCUAAAUCCCCAGCCCCUAGAAGUACUUCUUGAUAAGCAGCCUCCAUGCUAAAUUCUGUCUUGGGGUCUGUUUUCUAGAGAACCUGACACAUAACAAAAUCACCGUGGUUUAUGUCCCAAUUUAGACACAGCUGCACAGGUUCUCCUCACCGUGGUCCUUUAUUUGUCUCAUCAUUUUUCCUUUCUUUACUGUUUCCCGUCCCUUCUCCUGAAAUCUUUAACCUUGAUUGUAAGCACACCAUGUAGGGAAGUCUAAAGCAAAUGAUAGGCAAAGGAUACAGGAAAGCAAACCUGCAUUUACUUAUCUUUGUCCCAAGUGAAGAGGAUUUGUUGAGGAGAAAUGGGUAGGGAAAAGGUAUUUAGAAAUCAAAUAUAGUGAGAGCUGUAGUAUGAAACAAUGAAAUGAGAAGCUCAAAAUGAGACUAGGACUGAGGAAGUAUAAUAAUAAACACAGAAAUAAAGCAGUACUCAAAAUGAUAUUAUCAUUUGCAUGUUAUCAUUUCCAUAUGCAGUAUUCCCGAUAUAUACUAGCUGUUUAAUAUGUCACUUUAAAUAAGUUUUCUCUUAACACAUCUGCUGUUUUCCUCACACCCUUAAGUUUUCCUCCUGAACAGGCAUGGUGGAUUACCAUAGUAAUUCCAGAAAUCUGAGAGGCUGAGGCAGGAGGAUUGCAAGUAUAAGCCCAGUCUAAGUACCUGGUAACUCAGAAAACGCCUGUCUCAAAGUAAAAAAAUAAGAUUUGAGGCUGGCUGAGGAUAUAGCUCAAUGUGAAAGUCAUAAGUUCAAAUCCAGUACUUAAAAAAAAAUCCUCAGUCCUCUGCCAGAGGAGAUGCUGCUGCUGUGGGUGUUGAGAAAUGUGUCAGGCAAUGAUGCAGUCAUGCAAGACAGGGUGCUGCUGUGGGGCUGAGAAUCCUAAAUGUCUUCAAUUCAGAGUUCAUCCUACGGAUGAAGAACCCCCAAUCCAAAAUGUCUGUGGUGUGCUACUGAGAGUGACUGGGCUGAGUGCAUGCACCUUUCUUUCAAAGGAUUUUAUUCCUCCUCCUAACUCCAGGUGCACAUUCUUAUUAACAGCAUACUCUGUUCACCCCACCAGCUGCUCACAGUGAAAGUAAUCAUUUCCCUUUAGAACUAACAGACCACCAAACAAAUUCCUCUUGUGGUGUCUCCUUUUGUGAUUUGUAUUAUGAAUAUUGGUCUAUGUGUCAGUAGAAGGAACUCCGUAAAGGAAGAAAAGACACAGUACUGUAUUUUUCCUGGGUGACCCUGUAGCUGUGUAAGUAAAGGCUUGUGUGUUGCAUGACUCAUCUUGAAGGUGAGUGUUACAAUUGAACAACUCACCUCUGUUAAUCUGCUUGUUAACCUAGGAAAGUACUAUACAAGGCAGCUGUACCAACAAGAUAUACAGAGGAAUGACUUAAACAAUGGACAUUUAUUUUCCUCCUAGUUCUGGAGACAAGUCCUAGAUCAAGAUGCCAGCACUGUUUUCUGACCAAGUCUCUGUUCCUGGCUUGCAGUGGCUCACUCUGCGAGCUCACAGGAAAGGGUAGUGUAAGACAGGUCACUGAAAAGGAUACACUCAGCAUCUUAAUCUUUAUUUUCCUUUUCCUCUCAUAAGGAUGCUAAUAUACUGAAUUGGGUCAUUCUGACCUUUAUGACCUCUUUUCACCUUUAUUACCACUUCAAAGGUCCUGUGUCCAAAUUCAGUGCACUGGGAACUAGGACUUCAGUAUAUGAAUGGGGGGCACAUUCAGUCCAUAAUGUACAUUGCCUGCCGUCUGUACUUGCACUAAUUUGACAGAUUAGCACUUAAGAAAAUCAUUCUUAAGUAGAACCACCACAUUGGUCCCAACUGAAGGAUUGCUGUUAACUCUGUUAUGAUGCUUCCCUUUCCACUUUGGAUAUUUGUCUGUGUUUUAUGAAAGCAUUUUAGCCUCUCUUGCCAUAUUUGGUACAUUAUUUAUUGUAUAUAGUUGCCUUUUUUUUUUUCAGUUCCCUAAAUGCUGACUUUUAGGAUAGUUGACAAUAGCUUGGUAUAUAAUAUUCCAGUUACAGAAAAUAUUAAGAGUAUUAAUAGUGACUGUAAAGUAGAACCAUCCAUACAUUGCUUGAAAGGAGAAUUACUAUACUUUGAGUAAUCUAGUUACCCAAAGUUAACACUUUUCCCUGUUACUUUUUAUUAAGUAGUUUGGAAGAGUUUUUUUCAUUAAAUGAUCAUUUGUUUCUGAAUGUUACUUCCUUUGUGUUUUUGGAGUGUUUAGCAUGAAUGGCAAGGUGACUCCUGGGAAGAGAAAAUAACUAAUCUUAGAAAUAGGUAUAUAAAAUGCUUAAUGCACUACUCUGAAAAACCAAAUUAUAUCACUACUAAGGAAAUAUUUAAAGUUUCAAAAUAUACUGUAGUGAUUUUAGAAAAACAAGACUGGGAAUGUAGCUCAGUGGUAGAGUGUGUGCUUAGCAUGUUCCAGGCUCUGUUAGAUCCCGAGCACAUAAAUGUAAAUUAAGUAAACAAAGUAGGCAAACCAUAUUAUUAGUAACAUUUUUAAUAGAAAUAAUAAUAUGUAGCCCACCAGCAUAGGGAAUUGUGACAGGCCAUAGAAAAUUUCACUUAAAAAUAAUUAUCUCAGCAAAUAUGUACUUAAAAUAUAUUACUUUGCCAAACAUAGUACAAUUUAUUUAUUUGCUUAUAGUACUGGGAUUGAAUCCAGGACCUUUGUACUAAGCUGUAGCUCCCAAUCCUUUUUAAAUUUUUUUUUCUACUACUACAUGUCUUGUAAAAAUUUCACGUAUUAUGGAAAAUUGGUACAUGUACAUAACAUAUCUCAAUUUUUUUUAACUUCUCCAUUCUCUCUCCUCCCAUUCUCUCAUAAAAUUAUUUUGAGAUAAGGCCUUUCUAAAUUGCUAGGUUGGCCAGGUGGUUCUCUUGCUCAGCCUCUUAGAGUGCUGGAAUUACAGACAUGCUCCACCAUGCCUAGCUAAACUUUUAAAAUGUUUGUAUGGUUUAUAUAAGUAGGUAUAAAGUAGCAUUUUAGUUUAUGAAAAAAUUUCUCUAAAAUUAGGAUAAAAAUACUUUUAUCAGUCUUUCAUUUUUCUUAAGGAAUGAUAGAUUUUGAUUUUCCUUAGAUUAUGGUUAUAUAUUGUAAUACAUGAUUAUGGCUUCCCAGUUUUCAAAGUAUGAAGAACAAUAUUGUACUUAGCAAUGGGAGAGUUACUCUUUAUUAGCAAAAUAUUUAAACUUAGGUCAACAGUUAUAGUUCGUGAAACAAAAGGUUAGGAGGGAAACUAUCCUUUUAUAGGCUUCUCUAUAGCACUAAUGUGUACUUGACUUCUAGUUUAUGACGUCAGAAUGAAAUUUGGCACUAAAAGAAUAGAUCUUAAUUUACUACAGGAACAGGAACUUAUCACCUUUGUGCUGACAACUUAAAAAGCAAAAUUUACAUAAAUAUUUUUGAGAUAAAUACUUCUAAAAGUUUUAAAAUUUUUUUAGUUUUCAGAUCCAAUUAUCCUAGUAUAAAGGAGACUAAUGAAGAAACAGUUUGCCAAAUGAUCCCACUUUGUGAUCAUUAUUGUUUCAUACAUGAGAGACAUACUAGUCUCUUUAACCUUACCUAUGUUUUAAUAUAGUUAUUACCCAGAACUACUUUCUUCAUAAGCUAUGCAGAGAAAGUGAUAAUUGUACCCCCAUGUGACAUUCACACAUAUUUUUAUGAGAUAAAAAUUAAAUCAUACUUGCCCCAAAAGAUAGCACCAGUAACUUCCACAGUGUACUCUUAAUUUUUAAAAAUUAUUUUUUAAAAGCCAAAUAGAAUCUUUUUAACUAACAUCAUAUAUAUUUCACAAAAAUUGUCAACCAGGAAAAAGAUCAUGGGUCCAAAAAUAGGGGAUAGAGUGUCAUUUCUGUCCAUUGUAAAAUAUGGAAUAUUUGUACUUGAUCUGAUUUCAUUUUCUGCUGCUGGAUCUUAGUUAAACUGUCGUGUAAACAUCGCCAUCUAUUGAACAUAAGGAACGACUACACUUCAGUUCCUUGCUAGACUAGUACUUGAAAAUUAUAGGCAAGGACAUAAGUUUCUAUUCUUUGUUUUCAGGUUCAAAUUGUUUAACUUUCUAUUUAAUUCUUGCAUUUCUUGUUUGCUUUUAUUAAAUUAAACUUGAAUUAUUGCCACUUACAAAAAUCUUGACUUUACAGACGUCAGUGUUUAUAACAUGGAAAACUGAUUGUCAUAAUCCCAAAUAUGCACCAAAUCCCUUAGAAGCAGAAUUUUAUCAGACAGUAACUUUUUUUUCAUGUUGCUGUUUGGAGUCUUUCAUUUUUGCCUUUAGAGAAGCAUAUACAAUAAAAUUGUUUUAGUGAAUUAAACAAGAAAAUAGAAAUUUAUCUGUAUUAAAACAGUAUUAAACAAAAUGCCUAGUUUCAUUUCCUAAUUUCAAAAGAAAUUACAACUUGAGAAUAAUGAAUUUGGCUCAUUGAUAAUAGUUACUUUUCACCAUGAUGGAAAUUUUAAUUUUAGUCUUCACACAUCUUAGUCACAUUGAAGUUUCCAGAGACCAAGUUCUGCUUCUACGUUUAUCUGAUGGUUUGCUCAUUAUAUAACUUUUAUAAAAGAAAUUGAACUAAUGUAUUACAUGAUAUAAUGUAAAGCAAUUGACCGGUACAGAUACGAACAUUAAUUUUCCUUUUCUUAAAGAUCUAUGUUACAUUUAUCUUAAAAUCGGGCUCAGUUAUUCCAUGUAGGUAUUCUUUCAUAUUUUUCUAUUAUUUUAUAUCUAUUAAAAGUUACUUGUUGAGUGCUGCUUCUGUGUCUGACUUUAUGAUAGGUGUUCAUCUUGCAAAUGCACCUAACUGCUCCUAAAGAAUCUAAAUUUACCUUCUUAAUCAAAAAGUGUGGUAAAGCCUAGCAUAAAAUCUGGAGUUAGGGCUACAUACUUACUCUUCUUGUAUAUUUUAUUUUUGUAUUCUAGUAAUUCAUAAGAAAAAAUUUAGAGAUUUCUGAAAGAUUAUAAUGGCUUUAUAUAGCUUUAUAUCAUUGGUUAGGCAAAGAGUGAAUUUGAGGUUUCAAUACAGAGAAGUAACACUUUUUAAACAAACAAUGGAAUCAUCUAUUCUCAGGUUGUAUCAGUGGAGUCAAAUAUCUUUUGUGUGAAUCAGUGAUUCAUUUAAUAGGGCUGUUGCAUCCACAUUAGUUGAUGUUCAGAAAGUAUACAUCUACCACUUCUUCCCUCUCAAAAAAAUCCUUCUAAUAUUUGACUAAAACAACAAACCUUAAUUUAAGAGAUUAAAAAAAGCGAAAAGCAGAAAUGGCAUCGUGAUUGUGCUCAUUUUUGAAAGACUUUGUUAGCAAACAACCCAAGCAUAGAGACAAAUACUGGAAAAGUUUUAGUUGCUAUAAUCCUGGAGGGAAUUAUAUAAGAUAACAAGUGAUUUUUUUAAUUAAGUUUUUAGGUAUACAUAAUGAUGACAUUCAUUAUAGAGAAUUUGUAGCUCUGCAUGGUAUAACUUGAUUGAUUUUUCCCCAUUCCCCUCCCUCCCUCCCAUUCCCCAUCCUCUCCUUAUUUUCAAAAGCAUUGUUGCCAUUCUAAGUGGUUCUCUCUGGUCUUCUUUUCUUCACUGGUUUACAGCCCAGAAUACACAGAAGACUUACAGAUGAGAUUUGCUAAGUAACACUGUCUGCACUUUUUAAAUCCUGGAGAAUGGGAAACAGAAGAGUUGGAAGACACAAACAUACUGCUUUUCACAAAAGCAAAAAAUAAACUUGUAAAUCAUAAACUAAUUUGAAUUUGAGGCCACUUGGAAAAAAUUAGAAAGCAUUCUUAAAAGCAGAGGGGAGUCUAUUGAAAGGAAAAAGACAAAAUUGCCAAGAUCCAGAAUAAGUUCUCAGAGGUAGAUCACAACCAACUUAACAGAUUUUGGAUGAUUGAGGGAAAUACUAAUUUUAACAAAUCAUCAAAGAAAAGCUCUUGAGAUCUUUUUGAAUUGAAUAAUGAAAUGAGGUGGAUUUGUAACAGGUUGAGGAAUUUAGCUAAAAGAUUCUGUUUAAAGAAUCAAUGGUGCUUGAAGACUUUUACAACUUUCUGGCUAUAUUUAUAGGAAAUACAAAGCAGGAAGCUAUAGCAUACACAUUCUCUAACCAGAUCAUUCUUCAAAAGUGUAUUAAUAAUGUAAGAAAGUGGACAAAAUUUAGUUAAAAAAAAUGAACAAUGCAGUGUAAUUAUGUGCAGUUUGAAUGAAAACAUUUCGCUCCCAUGCAACACCUGGAUCAGGGAGGAUAAGGCAUGUGGGCACCAGUUUAUAUAGGUGAGUCAGAGUGCUGUCAUGGAUUAUAGGAAUAGAUGUACAGUGAAAAGGGAAAUGCAGUUUCAGAUUAUGAUUCAUUCUAUAAAGAAGUACAGUGAUACGAUUAUAAUGAAGGGAUAUAAAAGUAAGAUCAUUGGAUGCUAGUUACAGAAGAGGAAGGUAUUUACGCUAAAACAGGAAUGAUCUGGACAAGUCAGUCAUGCAGAUAUGGAGGAGCCACUCUGUAGGCCCAGAAAACAGCACAGUUUCUAAGAUGGCCAUCAGCUCAGGGAGUUUGAGGAACUUAGAGAGGGGGGACUAUGAAUGAAGUGUGAUAAAUGAGUAAAGUAACUGAGGACCAGAUCCUUUAUUGCCUGGAAGGUUGUGUCAUAGAAUUUAGAUUUUUUUUUCCUAAUUAAAUGUGAAGCACACUCUAGGAUUAUAGUUGCAACAGUGACAUGUGAUAUAUGUUUCUAAAAGAUCACUCUGAAUGUUAUGGAAAACUAAUUGUAAAGGGGGAAUAAUGGAAGCAGAAGACUGUUCUGAGUAAGUAUUCCCAUAGUUCAGGUAAGAGAAGACAGUGUCUUAAGCCAGUGGAAAUGAAGAGAAUUGAAUGGAUUUAUAUUUUAGAGGGAGAGAUGGCAGGGUUGUAGAAAUAGAUUGGAGAAUGGAAAAAUGAUAAGUCAUUGAAUUUGGUAGAAUUCAGUUGGUAAGGAUUAGUUCAGUUGAAUAGAGCUAAUAGAAUCAAUAGAGAGAAAGGAACAUGCUUAACAUUUAGGUUUUAGAUGUAUUUUACUUGUUGGAGGAAAAAGCAAAGGUAAUUUUAGAGUAUAUGGCUGAAGUGUUUUUGGUCUAAGGAUUAAUCUUCACAAAAUACAUCACUAAAAUGAAGAAAUCAAAGAAUUCACUAACCGAGUUGAUUGUUCAGUGACUUAAUACAAUAGCAUUGAAAUCAUUAAGGAAGAUUGUAGAAAUGUGUAAGGAGGAAGGCAGAGAGCCAGGACCUGAAGCAGGUGGGGAAUGGGGUAGAGGCUAGACAGUGAGGUGGGUCAGUCAGUAGUGAGUGGUGUGGCCAGACGGCCUCUGUGUCUGGGGUUUUGAGGAUAGAUGAUGAUUGUUAGAAAUAGUGAUGAGGACACUCACUCUUCUGUGUCAGAUGAGCAUUAUAAGGCAGGAGAGAAAAAGCCUCUGAAGGGACAGCACAGAAAGCAUAAGGAUGUAGGAGAACCAUAGUUUGUUGGAGCUGAGAGGGACAGGAAUCAAUUAGUUUAGGAAAUGCCCAAAGCAGUGAAGAAAUGAGCGUCCAGGAAAUGAGGGAUUUCUAAAAGGAUUUGCACCUGACAAUGCAGUAGGUAAGCAGAUGCUGAGAAUCUUUACGAUCUGUUACAAGAAAUUGGGCACUUGAAUGUAAGCUCUGUGAGGGAAGGAAAAUAAAGUGGGCACAUUUUAUGUGAAGGUACUUGGCACAGAAACAGGAAUUCAGGUCAUUAUUUUCGUUGUUGAUUGUUUUUGUUGGUAAUUGUCAUUUUGUCUAGCUAGAGCUAGAGAGAGUUUCCACUUGACUGUUGCUCUGUGAUGCAGUAGAGCACUCUCACUGGAGUUUGCAUUGCUGCAAUGGCCUUUCCAAUGACUUUUGGUUGUGAGAAAUUCGGACAGACUCACAUUUCCACAUAGAUGAUAGAUUGACUCAACACUACCAAAUAAAUUGUUUAUCCUGAGUCAGAUACAGAUUUUCAUAAUUCUAUUUUAAAAAUAAAGAAAUAGGAAAUUUUUACCCAUGCAAAACUGUCUCUAUUAAGUCUCUAAACUCAUUGGUAGGUAAUGACCCAGGGAAGAAACUGACACAGAGGGGCUAAGGUAAGUGUGAGGACCCCCAAGUUAGUGAAGUCAGGCUCCUAUCAGGAGACUGUUCUAAAUGGUUUUUAAGUUGCUAUUAUAUGUUAAAAUCUGCAUAUUAUAUUUUUAUACAUAUAAAGUGUUUUCAUCUUUGCCAGUUUUGUUUUUAGACCUCAUAGAACAUUUUCUCCAUAGAGAUAAAGGAAAAUCCUAAUUGAGUUCACAAAAUAUUAAGACUGAACACUUAAUAAUGGGAAGCUACUUUAGGGAAUGACAAGAGACACAGAAAAAAGUUAAGGCAGUGUCUCAAAGGUAAGAGAAAGUAGAGUAUAUCAGCCAAGAGAAAACUCUUCUCCCAAUAUAAAUAUUUGGCCUGCUAUAACAAAAGUUAUCAAACUGAGUCACUUAUAAAUAUUACACAUUUAUUUUUCAUGGUGUUGGAGGCCAAGCAGUGUAAGAUCAAAGCUCUAGUAAAGUCAGUGUCUUAUAGGAUCUGCUUCCUAGUUCACAGAAUGCUAUCUUCCUAUGUGCUAACCUGGCAGGAGGAACAGGAACUUUCUGCAGUAUCUUUUAUGAGUGCCAAUCUUACCUGGAGAAUAAGGUAGUAGAGCACUUGUGAGGCAUGCUCAAGGCUCUAGAUUCAGUCCUCAGUACUAAAAAACUAAAAUGCUAAACAACAAUAACACCACCACCAACAAAAACUAAUUCCACUCCCAUUUCCUAUGACCUAGUUGCCUGCUUAGUAUCAUCAACUUUAGGCUUUCAACAAAUGAAUUUGGGAGUGAAGCACAAAGUUGAGUAUAUAGCCACAAAUAGUUCCAGUUCCUUCCGCAAUAUCCCUUUUUGCUUUCCUAUCUUUUCCUUGCUUCAGUAAAUGUGAAGCUCCUAAAAAAAAGUAAUUCUUUGGGCCAGAGAUAUAGCUCAGUGAUAGAGUGUUUAUCUACAAUGCAUGAGGCUGGGUUUCACCCUCAGCACAGGGAGGAAGGGUCCUUUUGCUCUCAAAAAAAAAUGAGUCCUUUUUUUGCUCCCAAAAAACAUGAUUUGGGAUAGUAUUUUUGUGUUUGUUAAUUUACUUCAUAACCUUUCAGUUCCUUUUAGUUCCAAACGCAUACUCUUCUGUUUGCCACAUCCAAAGCACAAAGAUGAUUAAAAUCAGUUAAUAAAGUUAGCUGUGAUUCAAAGUGCUAGUACUUCACACUUGAGUUUUAUUUAACUUUAUAGAAGGGAAUCGUAAUUACAAGUGACCACACAUAUUUAUUGUGAGAAAACCAGUAGAAGAUACUCAUUUUUCUUGAUGACUACCAUUUUCUUUGGCUAAAAUAAAUAACUGUGCUAUGUCAUUGAACCCCUAAAAGGCAGAAUCCAAGCAUAACCUUGAUAUACUUCUAGUUUCUGCUUUAGCAAUAUUACUACCUGAAAAUUUGCUUUAUGGAAGAGUGAAAAUACGAAGGACAUUUUGUUCACUUCCAUCUUCACAUGGUAUAAAAUACAUAUUUUAAGAUUUGUGAACUUAGUCUGCUAUUGAAAACUUGCAAGUAAAGAAAUAUGUCACUAAUAUUUUAUCACAUUUAUAUGGAAAAAAGUGGCAUUUAAUUUUUAACUGGAGACUACAAGUUUCACUGUGUUUUACUUCUCCAUAUUGGGGAUUGAACACAGGGCUUUUGUACUGAAUUGUAUCCCAACCCUUUAUUUUAAUUUUAGUUUUGAGACAUGGUAUCUCUGAGUUUUUUAGGGUAGGCUUGAACUUGAGAUCUCCUGUGUCAGCCUCCCAGAACUCUGGGAUUACAGAUAUGCAUUACUACACCUGGCUUGGAUGUUUUUAUGCUGCUGAAGACAGUUUCUAUACUCUUUCUCACUUUUUUUUAUUUGUUUGUUUUGUUUUGUUUUUGUCUUGUCUUUGAGGCAGGGUUUCAUUAUUAAAAUAUAACCUAUAAGUUAAAUACUGAACUAAAAUGUAAUCAAUAAUGUUAUAAUUAAUAAUAGCCUAAAUUAUGGAAGGAUUUUGUUCAAGCCAUUGGAAAAUAAUCUAUUUUGAGUGGAGCUUCGUUUUAGGAAUAAAACGAAAAUCAAUGUGGGAAGAUACUUGAGAAGUGCAUCGGGAAUGUUAAGGAUUUUGGAUAUUAUGCUAAGUUCAGUGAGAGUCCUUUGCAAGGUUAAAUGAUUACCAUAAAAUGUUUCAUUUUGUUUUGCUUAAGGCACUCUGGCUGUCCUAGGCCAUGCCAGACAAAACAGGGAUUUACAUAUGGCAGGAUUCAGCAAGAGGGUAAUGAAAACACAAUUCUCAAAUCACUGGUGUUAGACAGUGUUUAUAAUAAUCUAGAUGAGAAGGGGAGAUGCAUUUAACUCAGCAGUAUAAGUGCCUUCCUGGCAAGCGCAAGGUCAUAAGUUCAAUUCCCGGAACCAAAAAAAGAAGGGAAGGUGUAAUAGUGGGAUACAUCCAAGAUACAGUUUUGAGGUAAGGUAAUUGGGACAUGGAGAUGGAUGGCUUUAGGUGGUGAAGAGUGGUAAAAGAUUUUUAAAAUCAGGUUUCUAGAAAGAGGAAACACAUCAAUUGGAAGAACACAUUUUGGGAAAGGUCUUAAGAGUUCAUUUGAGAAGAGUUAAUUCACUUAUGCUAUGAUCCAUUUAUUAAAAUAUUCAGAAAUCAUUCAGAAUUUUGGCUGCUGCACAUAGAGAGCUGAGCUUGAGUUUUAUAAAUCUGGGACACUAGUGUGAAGAAGAUAUUUAAAGCUAUGAAGGAGUAUUAUGUCACUCUACUAGUAAUGGUAGGAUACUAAGAAAUAGGAUCUAGAUCAGAAAAAGAUGUGUGUGGGGCUGUGGUGCAGAAGAUAGGAGGAGGGGUAAUCAUUUGGUUCUGGUGAGACUCAGUGAAAUGAGGAAUGUGCACAAAACCCUAGACAAUCACAGUAUGUACCUAAAUUAGCUGGUUACCUAAAUUAGCUGAGGGAAGAAGAAAAGGAAAUUGUUUAAUGGGCAGAGUGUUCCAGACUUGCAAGAUGAAAUGGUUUUGGAGUUCGGUUUCACAAUAGCAUAAAUACGGAUAUAUGUUUAACUAGACAGAACACUUAAAAUGACUAAGAUAGUUAAAUUCUUUGAUAUGUGGGGUUUUUUUAACUACAGUAAAAAAUGAUGAAUACCCAUUUUAAGUCAGACUUAUCCAAGGUCACCGGUGACGAAGAAAAUACAGUUUUAUAAAGUGUUGGAGCUUAAAGCACAGUUGAGAUGGUUGAAGUAUAACAGGUUGAUGAUAUACUGUUAGUUCAAAAUUUGGCUGUAAAAGUAGGAAAAUAGAAGGUAAAUUUUUUAAAAGAGAAUCUAUAGCAUUUUUAAAUGGAUACAAAACAUCCAAUGCAAGAAGGAGAGAGAUGUCAGUUGACACUUUCAGGAAAGGGAGGAGCUACAGUAUGUGACAUACCAAUAUUAUUUGAUAACUGUCAGGACUGGGGGGGGGUAGAAAAAAAUCCCACUCAUUUGGUCCUAGAGGACUGUAGUGAUGGUUAGUUAUUAAGAUGACAUCAUACCUGAUUGCCUGGACAGAGUGUUUAUAUGGGUCCAUGUUAAAAAAUGUAGCCACAGUACAAAGGAAGACACGAUACUCACAUAGCUCUUUGUUCAUUUUUAAGAAAAGCAGGCCAACAUACCACAACCCAAUUCUGGACAUAUCUGGGAAGGAGAAACUCAUCAUAUCCUCAUGUUACUCUGGUUUAACAGUUCUCUGGAAGACCUACCUAAGAGUGGACUUCAUCCGCCUGCCACUCCUCAAAUGUUAAAUAUUGGUAGUCAGGUAGCCACACUUUCUAAAGUAGCAACAACUUCUUCUAGAUACAGUGCUGCAGUUCUAAGCAGUGCGGCUGCUAUAGUGUCUGCUGCCAUUGCUGCAAAAACCAGGUUCUGCAGUCCUGAAACAUCCCUCUCCCUUCUGGGUGCUCUGUGCAUCCACCCUGUGCCCACACCUGUAGUUCUCUCCUAUCUGCAGUCCUCCUGGAAAUCAGCUGGCUCUGUCCCUGUUAAGAAAGCAAGUAAUAUUCAGGAGCCUUCCCAACAGUUGGCUUCAUCUGCAGCUUUAAGUCGGAGUGGGCUGGGGAGCGUAGAGAGCACCAGCUCCAGCAAACCGGGGGUGACCAGCCUCACUGCAGCUGCCACCUUCAAGCCUGUGGGCGCCACCAGUGCAAUCAAGUCUCCCAGCUGGCAGCGGCCAAACCAAGCAGCACCUUCUACUGGAAAAACAUCAAACAGUAUGACUUUCUCAGGAGCAGGGUCACCAGCCAGCUCAGCUGCAGGGCAGCCCCAGCCAAGUGACCAGGAUACUUUUGUGCAAAGAGCAGAGCACAUCCCGGCAGGGAGACGAACUCCAAUGUGUGCCCACUGUAACCAGGUCAUCAGAGGACCAUUUCUAGUGGCACUGGGGAAAUCUUGGCACCCAGAAGAAUUUAACUGUGCUCAUUGCAAAAAUACAAUGGCCUACAUUGGAUUUGUAGAGGAGAAGGGGGCACUGUAUUGUGAGCUCUGUUAUGAGAAAUUCUUCGCUCCUGAAUGUGGGCGAUGCCAAAGGAAGAUCCUUGGAGAAGUCAUCAAUGCUUUGAAACAAACCUGGCAUGUUUCCUGUUUUGUGUGUGUGGCCUGUGGAAAACCCAUUCGUAAUAAUGUUUUCCACUUAGAGGACGGUGAACCCUACUGUGAGACUGAUUACUACGCCCUUUUUGGUACUAUCUGUCGUGGAUGUGAAUUUCCCAUUGAAGCUGGUGAUAUGUUUCUGGAAGCUCUAGGCUGCACCUGGCAUGAUACUUGCUUUGUGUGCUCAGUGUGUUGUGAGAGCUUGGAAGGACAGACAUUUUUCUCCAAGAAAGACAAGCCACUCUGCAAGAAGCAUGCUCAUUCUGUGAAUUUUUGAAAGUCAACAGAUACAGAGAAGAAAUUUGAAGAAAAAAGAGGAAAAUUUACAUUACCAAUUAAUUUUUAGAUAUAAUAUUUAUAUGGAGUUCUGAAAAAUAAUAGUGGCCCUGAGGGAUAAAUUCCAACAUUAAGAACCAAGUUUAUGAUGAAAUAUUUGACAUUGGAAAGGAAAGAGACAGUUUGGCAUUUUUACUUUUUCCUAUAUUUUCUGCCCAUAAAAUAACUUUUAUAAAAAUCAAUUUCCUGGUUGAUUAUUAAAUUCAUCUCAGAAUAAGUUAGUAAAAAGUUAAAUUUUAGAAUAAAAACCCCAAUCCCUAUGCUGAAAUAAUUACAUUUUCUUUCCUUGUUAGGUAGUUAGAAACAAAUCUACAAAGAGCAGUGAAAAUCUCUUAAACUUUACUAACAAGAGAAUCGGUGUUUUUUUUUUUUUAAACUGGUUAUCUUUAAAACAGCAAGUAGGAGUUUAAACCGAAUUUUAUCAGUAGGAGGUGUCAAUUUUUAAACAAAUGAGUAUACUUUUUUUUGCUUUCUUUUAUUACAAUUGAUCAUUGCAGUAGAAAAGGCCAAGGAAAUGUUUGAUCAGAAUGUGUCAUGCCUGGGAGAGAUGCUCCACUCCCCUUGUCACCUCUCAGUAGUGGUCACAUAGUUUAUGAAUCUCAAAUGUUUCCGUGUAUCAAGAUGGGCCUGUGGCAGUCGUGUAGUCUUUAUCACUUGUGUUAGUUAAGCUUCAGUUUUUUCUUUUCCUCAUACUGAGACAGAGCUCAUGAAAUAAUUUGGGCUUAGUUUUCUCUCUAUUUAAAAAGAAUAAAUAAGAAAAAAGUAUAUAGUUGUGAAUUAUGGUGAUAAGUCUAUACCUGUAAAAAUGCAAACAAAAAAUACAUUUCUUCCUUUUCAGAUAGUAACUCAGACCAUUUUUAGAGUUGUGCCGCUGACCAAAGACUGGAGAGCUUACUUUGUAGAGUCAUUUUUUUUCCCUCAUUCUGUAUUAGAAUUGGCUUAGAAUUAUCGUGAAAUCUAGCCCUUUUUUGCUUGUUUGUUUUAGUGGUUUUCUCAGUGAUAAGUGUACCACUUCCAAAUAUAAUCAAGAGGUCCAGAAACCUUUUAUUCACAGAGGUUUGGUCGUAGGGUGGCAGUGUGAUUUUAAUUACUCACUGGCUUAUUAUUUGUUGUCCUCUUUCGUGCAGAGAAUUAUAUAAAUACCACAUGGAGGUAGAAACAGCCCUACUAAAACUGUGGGUCAUGUUUGUACUUGCCCAGGGAAAGGACAGGUGGACAGCUGCUGAUAGUUUCCGUUUGUCCCCUAGAACGGAGGAAAGCCCAUGAUAACUUGAACUUGUUUGGGGCAUUGUGCUUUACGGUCCAGAGGAGUCCCCUUCUGCCACUUACUCACCAGGAACUUCACUUCUAUUGUGUGCCUGUUUGUUAUAGAGGAGGCUUUAGGCUGCAGUAUUUAUUUAACCUCCCUAAGAACUUGCAAGGCUUCUGUGCUAAGAGCUGUUUGCCUAGGGUCCAACAAGUUUAUUUUAUAUGCAGAUAAUAAUUAACUGGGGAUAAAGAAUAGAAGGGGUGACACAAAGUAACAAACUGGUGCUUCUCCAAUAGCACCCUACCUCCUCACCCUGCAUUUUGUAGGAAGGCAGGAAGUUUCUUUUUAAAAAGUGCUGGAACUUAAUUGUGCAUUAAAUCUCCCUGCUGCUGAAACCACCUACAGAUGACUUGCUGGCCAAUGUGUGACAUUACAAAUUUCACUGUUUUUUGUUUGUUUGAUACCGGGAAUUGAACUCAGGACCUUGCAUUUGCCAGGCAGGCACUUGUACCACUGAGCUAUAUUCCUGAUCCAUUGUUACAUAUUUUAAUGUCAGUCUUUUACUUUAUGCAUUACAAAAUAUUGGUGGUUUUAUUUUAAUAUGAUAUUUUGUUCAGUUUUGCCAUUAUAGAAUUUGACAUUAAUGGCAUUUGAUUUCCAAGAAUUGCAUUUGAUCUGGUUUCUUCAGUUAUCUUUCUUUAAGGUUAUCAUUUUUAUUAGACCCUUUAUCCUACAUGUUAUUCAUGAAGCAUUUCUCCACAUUUUAAAUCCUAAAAUAGUUGCUUCUGAAUUUAUCACUUUUCUUUGCAUCUUUUCUAUCUUUUCUAACUGCAAGGCUUCAGAUCUGUUCCUAAAGCAGUUAAUCCUGUGAAACAGAUAUUGACCACACUCCAGAAGAAGCUCUGUAUUUUCCAGUGGGGAAUGGCAUAUUUAAUUCACCAGCAUUACCCUUAUAAUAACUGGCAGAGCAUUUUAUUCUUCUGGUGGGCUCCCUGAGUAUUUAUUUUUCUGAUUAUAAAUAUACUGUCCGUAGCAUUUUUAUUCUCUACUGUAGAGCACUGAGUUUUAGUCUCUCUGAAUGUAUAUAUUGGGAUGCUGUACUUGGUAAAACAAGCAUGAAAACCAUAUUGACUCUAAAAUGCCCCUACUCCAAUUUAUUAUUUUCAGAAUUUUAGUAGUGGUUUCAGAUGUGUAUUAUUUCUGUAGUCUAGACUUACAUGUUGCCCACUGAAGUAGCAAAUUAAAAAUUAUCCCUUCUGCUCAUAUUUAUAGUAACAUACAUACUUCCUAUUGAUUAAGUUAUAUUUAGAAUUUCAAGCCAAAACCUAAUCAUUUGGUCACAUAAACUAGAAAUAAUAGGUAAAAUCUUUAAAAUGUUAGUGCAGCAUAAACUUCUAAAUUAUCCACAAUAUAUAUGUGCCAUUUUCAAGGAGUACUAUAUUAGGAACAUUGUACAGGAAAUAAUUCCUUUCUCCCCUCUAUUCAAGAGUAAAUCCAAACUUGAGUUUUUGUAGCAUUUGACAUUAAUUAUCCAAAAACACACAGAAAGGUUUUACACCAGUCUAACCUGGCUUCAGUUUGUCCUCACCCGCAAGUGUUUGAAUUGGAUUCUUAAUGUAUGAUUUGCUUUGUCUGUUAAUCUGUCUUCUGUUUAAAUUUUAAGUUUGUAUAUGUCUGCUAUUUUGCUUUUAGUUACACUUUCUAAUGAAAAAUCACAUGAGAAAUAUAAUCAGUAGAGUAUACCUUAAUGUACACAUAAUAAAUAAAUGACUGCAGUGAUGUAGAUAA